AUGAGUACUGAUAGUGCUUCAUCAACAUCAUACAAUUCAUCCAACAAAACAUUUAUAUUGAAAAAUGCAAACUCAUCCAUCAUUGAAUUAGUAUCAGGUCAACAAGCUAUCGACGCAUUACAAAAAGUCGAUGAUUAUAUUGCUAAUUUAAGCCAGUUUGAUUUAGAAUCCCGUUUAAAUUUGCCUUCAUCGACAAUUCAAGAUUAUAUCAGGUUUAUCGGGGAACAAAUCUUAACUUGGGACGAAGAAUCAAGCCAGGCUAUGACAUCCUGUAUUGAAUUCAUCAAUACAACUUGUCAAGAGAAACUAAAUUUAUUAACUUAUCCACCACAAAUAUAUGUUGUGUUAACAAAUGGGAAAGGUGAAAGUAAUGCUGCAUAUUGCCGAAAUGAAAAUGUUAUUGUAAUGCCAAUAGGUAUUAUUCGUGGUGGACUGAUUCGUAAAGUAUUUGUUCAUGAAUUAUUUCAUAUAUGGAGUAAAUGGCAUAGCAAUUUAAUAACACGCAAUGAAUUAUAUGCAAGUAUUGGAUACCGUAAAAUACCAGGCGAAAAGUCAAUCGAAUUUCCAGUCAGUUUAGAAAAAAUAAAAAUCUCUAAUCCAGAUGCACCUCUUGUUUUGAAAUAUUAUAUUGAAUUGAAAAAACUUCGAGAUCGAACGGAAAAAAUAUAUAAAUGUACACCAAUUUUACUUGCUUCUCGAAAUUUUGAUCCUCAAUUUUCUACCAAUUUCUUUGAUUAUCUGAAGGCAACAACUUUAAUCUUAGAUGAUAACACAUACGAGCCAUUAGAACCGUUACAAUAUUUAGCAUAUGAAGAAGCUGAAAAUUUUUUUCAUCAAAUCGGACAAAAUACAUAUUAUAUAAUACAUCCGGAAGAAAUUCUAGCUGAUAACUUCGCAUUAUGGAUGAUGAACAAAACUCCGUCAAAAAGGGUGACAUCACCGAAUGUUCUGUCGAGAAUGGCUGAUAUCAUUUCUACUGCUGCCAAGGAUAGAAGCUAG